AUGGAUAACAAUAUUGUGAUUAAAAAAUAAUGGUUCAUAAAAUCGUCAGCAACUAAAAUUGAAGAUGCCUACGAGUUUGAUCACAAGAAGCUCCUUGGCUAAGGCACUUAUGGAUAGGUUGUGAAAGCCAAGCUGAAAGGAUCGAAAUAUUACAGAGCUAUUAAGAUCAUCCCAAAGAGCAAAGUCAGAAACCCCGAUCGUUUCAGACGAGAGAUAGAGAUUAUGCGAAAUUUAGAUCACCCAAAUAUCAUUAAGCUAUUUGAGACUUUCGAGGAUGCUAGAAAUGUGUAUUUGGUGAUGGAACUUUGUGAGGGAGGCGAACUCUUUGAUAGGAUUAUUGAUAAAGGUCAUUUUUCAGAAAACGAAGCUCGAAUCACAAUUUUGUAGAUUAUGCAAGCUGUAAACUAUUGCCAUUAAAACGGAAUUUGUCAUCGUGAUUUGAAACCAGAAAACUUUUUGUUGCUGACCAAGGCUGAUGAUUCACCCCUAAAAGUCAUUGAUUUCGGAUUGUCAGUUAUAUUCCACGAUAAUCACGUGGAGAAACUGAGCCAAGGGAAGGUGAGUAUGACAACUAGAGCAGGAACACCUUAUUAUAUCUCCCCUGAGAUUUUGGAUGGCAAAUAUGACGAAUCCUGCGAUAUUUGGUCAGGAGGAGUGAUACUCUACAUUCUAUUGUCAGGAGUGCCUCCCUUCUAUGGAAACACAGAUCCAGAGAUUUUGGAUGCAGUAAAGAAAGGCAUCUUUACAUUCAACAUUCCUGAAUUCAAGAAGGUUUCUGAAGGUGCCAAGGAUUUGAUUUCGAAAAUGAUCUGCAAACCAGAGAAACGUCUGAAAUCUCACGAGAUUCUCUAGCACCCAUGGAUGAAGUAAUAACAUCCUGGAGGUUCAUCUUUAAGUGUUAAUUAUCAAUCUUUGAAGAAUUUUACAAAUUUCAAUAAGUUAAAAAAGGUUACAUUGACUUAUAUAGCUUCGUAAUUGUCAGAAUAGGAAAUCUCAGAGCUAGGCAAAUUGUUCAAAUAAUUGGAUAAGAAUGGAGAUGGUGUUUUGACCAUGGAUGAAUUGACUCAUGGAUUGACAGGCCUCAAGAAGGAGUCCCAAAAUGAAAUUAUGAAUGUGAUCAAAAGCAUUGACACCGAUGGUUCAGGAACUAUCAAUUAUACAGAGUUCUUGGCAGCCACCAUAGAGAAAAGUGUAUACAUGAAGUAAGAGAGACUGUUCUAAGCAUUCAAGAUGUUUGAUUUGGAUGGAAGUGGGAAGAUAUCAAAGGAUGAGUUGAGGUAGGUUUUGGGAAAAACUGGGUCUGGGUUUGAUGACAACACUUUCAAGGCUUUGAUUGCAGAUGCUGACAAAGAUGGAGAUGGCGAAAUUGAUUACAAUGAGUUUAUAGAAAUGAUGGACAAAAUGAAAUCGUGA